AUGAGAAACUGCGAUGCGAUCGCUAUAAGAACUUGCCGUGAGACGGAAGGCAAAUUCUGCGAUUACAUCGGGAGCCAAUACAACAGACCGGUUUAUCUAACCGAACCGGUACUCCCCGUAGACGAACCUAAUAAGACUUCUUUAGAGCCCCGAUGGGCUGAUUGGUUAGCCAAAUUCAAGCCUGGUUCUGUUGUGUUCUGCGCUUUCGGUAGCCAACCCGUUGUAGAUAAGAUCGAUCAAUUUCAAGAACUCUGUUUAGGGCUUGAAGCAACCUGUUUACCGUUUCUGGUCGCGAUAAAGCCGCCUUCAGGUGUGUCAACGGUGGAGGAAGCGCUGCCUGAAGGGGUCCAAGAGAGGGUUCGUGGACGUGGCGUUGUGUACGGAGGUUGGGUUCAGCAACCGAUGAUAUUGGACCAUCCCUCAGUGGGGUGUUUCGCUAGCCAUUGUGGGUUUGGUUCGAUGUGGGAGUCUUUGAUGAGUGAUUGCCAGAUGGUUUUGGUGCCGCAGCAUGGUGAACAGAUAUUGAACGCGAGGCUGAUGGCAGAGGAGAUGAAGGUGGCGGUGGAGGUUGAGAGGGGAGAGAAUGGGUGGUUUUUGCGGCAGAGCUUGGAGGAUGCCGUGAAGACUGUGAGGGGUGAAGGUAGUGAGGUUGGUGAGAAAGUGAGGAAGAAUCAUGAGAAAUGGAGAUGUGUUUUGAGUGACUCUGGGUUUGCUGAUGGUUAUAUCAGCAAGUUUGAACAGAACUUAACUGAUCUUGUGAAGUCAUGA